GGCCCCCGUGGCGGGCGCGCCCGCUGGGCACCCCGCGGCGGGCGCGCCCGCCGGCCAUGCCGCGGCCGAGCCCGGGCGGCCUCUCACCCCAGAGGAGGAGCACAGGCAGAAGGUUGCCGAGCGGGAGGCGCAGAAGGCCGCGCUGCGGGUGCAGAUCCAGGCGCAGGAGGGCAUCUACCAGCAGCAGCGCGGGGUGGAGCGGCACCACAACAGCGUCGAGGGUCAGAUCGCCGCGCAGAGCGGCGUGAUGUCGGCGCGCCUCACCGAGGGCCAAGAGCAGCUGGUGCAGCAGACGGCGCAGGAACAGCAGCUCCAACACGAGGCCAUCACGAAGCAGGCCGAGGCUUUGAAGGAGAAGGAGCGCCUCCUGAAGGAUCGGCGGCGAGCGAAUGGGGGAACGGAUCACGAUGAGGAAGAAGCGCCCGCCCAUGGCAUCAGUCGAGGAGGACUUGCCGCCCUCGCGCGCGGGUGCCAGCCAAGGUCCGGCACAGAGGCAGCGCCCAGGGCCCGAGAUGCGGGGCGAGGGACGCCCCGCGGGGCCGUCGGGCGCGUGGCGCCCGCACGGCAUCGGGCACGCCGGGAGGCCGCGGCCCUGGUGGGAGGACCUGGAGGCGCAGGCGUCCACCCCCGUGCCGCGAGGGCCCGUGGUCGAGCAGCUCCCGCCGCCCACGGGGGAGGUGGACGACGACUACGCGGAGGAGGGCGAGCCGCCUCCGGGGGCGGCGGAGGACGACCCCGCCGAG